AUGAAUGCUCCAUUGGAGUCUACUUUGUGGGAUAUACUUGGCGUGAUUGAACCUCAGCGGGAUGAUUGGCUGAUUCGGCAAAGAAUCAUUCAAGAACUACAAUAUGUAGUAAGAACUAUUCCAAAUCUUAGAGGUGCGACUGUGGAGCCAUUUGGAUCAUUUGUGUCCAAUCUAUUCACUCCAUGGGGCGACUUGGAUAUUACUGUUAUGCUAGAUUAUGGUUCUUACAUUUCAGUUGCUGGGAAGAAGAGGAAGUUGUCUUUACUUGGGGAUGUCUUAAGAGCUCUGAAGGAGAAAGGUGGGUGGUGGAGGUUGCGAUUUAUCCCAAAUGCAAAAGUUCCCAUUUUAAAAUUUCAGAAAGGAUGCCCUGCCAUUUCUGGUGAUAUUUCAAUUGACAACCUUGGGGGCCAGAUGAAGUCCAAAUGCUUGUUCUGGCUCAACCAAAUAGAUGGACGGUUGCGUCCAUUGGUGUUACUGGUUAAGGAAUGGGCCAAAACCCAUAACAUCAACAAUCCGAAGGGCGGGACACUUAAUGGUGUGUGGGAAACUGCUGAACAAAGUAUCUCCGACCUUUUUCAUGCCAACAUAAGAAAAUAUAUAGCAGGCAGAUCUAGAACCAUGAACAGAAGUUCUUUGUCUGAGCUUUUUGUUUCCUUUCUAGCAAAGUUAUCAACCAUAAGUCUGAAGGCCCGAGACUUUGGAAUUUGCCCGUUUACUGGGCAGUGGGAAGAGAUAAACAACAACACAAGAUGGUUUCCCAGGACUUUUGCGCUCUAUGUAGAGGAUCCGUUUGAGCAGCCAGCGAAUAGUGCAAGGGCUGUUAGUGUUAGAAACCUAGACAGAAUACAGGACGUGAUUCAGAGAACCCAACUUGCCAUUUUGUCCCCAAAUUUGAGUUGGAUCGAUAUUCAUCCGUUGCUGGUGAAGCCAGUGCUGAGUCGAGUAAUCCUGUUUAGAAAGCAGAACCAGAAUAGUGGUGGGCAAAUGAUGCAACUCCAACAGCAGCAGCAGCCACAGACAAGGAUGCAUGUGCAUUCUCCUGCACCUGUUAUAGCAGCUCGGGUUCAGAAUGUAAGGCCAGAGAAUCAAUUGAGAGGCUGGAGAGAUGGGACUUGUCACAUUCAUGAGUUAUCAUCAAAGCCCAAGCAAGAGACGGCUUCCAAUAAUGCUGUAUCGAAAGAGAAUAAUGCAAAAAAGUGGAGGAAGCGAGGGAUUCAGCAGCAGCAAAGGGGGGAUGUUUUUAAUAGUAAGCAGCAGUUGUGGAGGCCAAAGUCACAACAAAGUUAA